UGCGUUGCAGAGGCGUAGACAGCUUGCGCUAGAACGACGUGACGUCAUCGGGUCAAAGUUUACAGCUAUGGCGUCGGGAAAUGGAAUUGCUUCUCUGGGCGUGGAGGGAGCUACAGCAGCCGCCCAGGCUCUGUCUCUACCAGCUGAGGCUUAUGGGAACGAUCCUCAACUGGAGGUGAUGUGGGCGAUGAAGGCUUACAAUCAUGCAGAGAUCUACUUUAAUCUGAUCUCGUCAGUAGACCCUAGUAAUCUGAAGCUGACCAAGGUAGAUGACCGGAUCUAUACGUCCUUCAGAGAAUCCUUCUCAGACCUCAACAUCAAGAACUUGGACCCAGACAUGCUCAAAACUGCCGAUGCCAAAGAGAAGUGGCGUCCGUUCUGUAACCAGUUCGACGGGGUGGUGGAGGACUUUAACUAUGGGACUUUGCUACGACUUGACUGUGAGAAGGACUACACAGAGGAAAACACCAUAUUUGCCACCAGGAUCCAGUUCUUUGCCAUCGAGAUCGCUAGGAACAGAGAAGGAUUCAACACCCCUGUAUUCCAGGCCAAAAAACAACCGCCUUAACCCAUACCCUAUAACCAUUUUAGCAUAGUCUCCAACACCCUUGUAAACCCAACCAAGGAAGAGUUUCAACAGCCCUGGUUAAACACCCUACCUUUUGACCUAGGUAUGGGAUACUCUGAACCCCACAUCACCUACAACCCA